GUGAUACAUACCACCAGCGGUAAGCGUCUGCGUUAUCCACGUUGGGGGCAGCGCGCGGCAUUGAUUGACAGCUCAUAAUCAUUAAGGUCGUUUUGUCGUUGUGAUAAUCGAGCAUGCCAAGGGGCGGGGCGAGUUAGAAUAACAACGUCGGUCAUUGGAUCGCGCUAGUGUGAAAUCACACAGUCUAUUUGCUUUAGCCUCGGUAGAAAUUGGCAGAAGUGCUGUUAACAAGGAUCUAUAUACACACGAUUUCUCCUGCGAAACUCGUCCAUAUGAAGCCUUAAUGGGCCAUGAUUAAGAUGUUCACAAGAAGGAGAACCGACGGCAGAGUACGAGAGCUAACAAGCCAGCGAUGACUCGUCACGGGUACAUGUUACGAUGAACUUCAUGUUCCACAGGUGAUUGAUUUAGGACAUUACACGAGUAUUAGAUAGAACUGCCUUAGAAACGUAUAUAUACAGAGUAGAAGACAGCACCUACAGGGGAUAUAUUUCCAUUAUGGAAGUGGACCUGUGGUGGAAGAUAGUGUUUGUCACACUACAAGUAGUGAUAUUCUACCGUGACCAGUCUGUGCUCGCAACCGACAUUGUCAGGUCGUGUGAUCCGAUAAAGAUUAAAAUGUGCAAAGGACUGGGCUACAAUGUCACCGGCAUGCCUAAUCUCGUGGGACACAAUCUACAGGGUGACGCUGAGCUUCAGUUGCAAACUUUCACCCCCUUGAUACAGUACGGGUGCUCGUCACAGCUUCAGUUCUUUCUGUGUUCGGUGUACGUCCCCAUGUGUACAGAGAAAGUGAUCCAGCCUAUAGGGCCAUGCAGGACGUUAUGUGAGAGCGUGCGCUCGCGCUGCAAGCCAGUGCUCGAAGAGUUCGGGUUUCUCUGGCCCGCAGCUCUCAACUGCUCACAGUUCCCACCAAAAAACAACCAGGAUCAUAUGUGUAUGGACGGUCCGGGGGAGCAAAGCUCCACUGAACCAAGAAAACCUGACCAAACUCAAAGCGAUCCCAACUACAACGUUCCUCAAGUUGAAAGUGGGGCUCCGUCGGGCCAAUGGCCACCACCGAUUCCUCAGCCUACCAGCGGCAGGCAAAACCCCGUGGGCGGUUUACCGUCUCCCCCUCAAGUCUUGGAAAACUGCUACCACGUUCGCCAUCCUGACAAGUACGUGUACAUCAACAGGACCAACAAGUGUGCCUUACUCUGCAAUGCCGAUCAUCUUUUCAGCAAGGAUGACAAAUAUUUUGCUGACAUUUGGAUGUCGGUGUGGGCGGGCCUGUGUUUCGUGUCCACUCUCUUCACUGUGCUGACAUUUCUGAUCGACUCUCAGAGAUUUCGCUAUCCAGAACGUCCCAUCAUCUUUUUGUCAAUGUGCUAUAAUAUCUAUAGCAUUGCCUUCAUCGUCAGACUGAUAGCUGGGAGACAGGCCGUAGCCUGUGACACAGAACCAGUCACACACCAGAGUAUAAUAAUACAAGAGGGACUUCAGAACACAGACUGUGCCAUAGUGUUCCUUUUAUUAUAUUUUUUCGGCACUGCCAGUCAGAUCUGGUGGAUCAUUUUAUCUUUAACAUGGUUCCUUGCGGCUGGACUGAAAUGGAGCCAUGAAGCAAUAGAACUCCACACAAGUUACUUCCAUCUCGCUGCCUGGUCGAUUCCUGCAGUUAAAACUAUCGUUAUCUUAGUAAUGAGAAACGUGGACUCCGACGAGCUGACGGGUCUCUGUUACGUUGGCAACCAAAAUUUAGAAUCUUUGCUAGGAUUUGUAAUUGGACCGAAUUGUGCCUAUCUGGUCAUAGGAACGUCAUUUUUACUGGCAGGAUUUGUUGCCCUGUUUAGAAUCAGAAAACACGUUAAAAACGACGGCGUGAAGACAGACAAGUUGGAAGUCCUUAUGGUAAGAAUAGGGAUAUUCUCCGUUCUCUACACAGUACCGGCGACGUGUGUGAUAGCCAGUUAUGUGUACGAGUACACGAACAGAAACUUGUGGUAUUUGCCAAAUCUUACUUACAGUCCAAAUAUCGAAAUAUUUAUGUUGAAAAUUUUUAUGUCACUUGUCGUGGGAAUUACAAGCGGGAUGUGGAUUUGGUCCUCAAAAACAUUAACGUCAUGGAGGAAAUUCAUAAGCAGACUUACGGGCAGGCGGUCUCCGAGAAAAUCUCUAGGAAUGCCCGACGUUCAGUAUCAGCCAGCAAAUACGAAUUCAUAUCGGACUACAGGGCCAUUGCGGCUAGACAAACAUAAACGUGGUAAAAAUGGAAAUGAAACGAUCGUUUAAUAACAUAUCAAGAUGCAAUUUAUUACCAUUUGUGACGGCUACGAUUUAUGCGUUCACCUUAAGAGAAAGAGAAAGCUGUGAAAGCUAUACGAAUCAUUGCUCAUAUAAACGCAGAGGUGACCGAAAGUAUGCGGGAACGCUUAUUCCUUAGUUCGCACCGAAAGGUGGAAUAUUGGUAUUUAAUGCCACGAUGUAGCCUUAAUUGAUCUAGAAAUUCCUCAUCGACGAGCAGUUUAGACAGUUUUAUCAACAAAUCCGACCAUUAAAACCUCGUACCCGUGAAUACUAUCUCACCUUCCUAGUACAAUGUAAAGAGAACGCUGUAUGAAGGUGUAAGCGUGCCCGCAAAUGGGAAAGAUAAACACUCGUCCAAGUUUAAAACUUGAGUAGUGGAAUAAUUGGCUUAGAUUUUUUCGUCCUAAGUUAAAAACGCAUUUAAAAAAUAAAAUCAUAUUGAACAAGAA